UCCAUGGAACCAAAAAACCAAACACAAACAUCAGGGUUUAUCCUCCUGGGACUCUCAGAAGAAGUGUCCGUACAACACCUUCUCUUCUGGUUGUUCCUAUUCAUGUAUCUGAUCACCUUCCUUGGCAAUCUCCUUAUAAUCCUGGCCAGUAUCACUGACUCCCACCUCCACACCCCCAUGUACUUCUUCCUCUCCAAUCUCUCCUUUGCUGACAUCUGCUUCACCUCCACCACCCUCCCCAAGAUGCUUCUGAACUUCCAGUUGCAAAGCAAAGUCAUCACCUACGUGGGCUGCCUCAGCCAGAUUAUUUGUUUCCUGCUUUUGGGGGGAUUAGACAAUUUCCUCUUGACGGCGAUGGCCUACGACCGUUUUGUGGCCAUCUGCCAUCCGCUGCACUACAUGGUCAUCAUGAACCCCAAGUUCUGUGGCAUCCUGCUUCUGGCAUCCUGGUGUUUGAGUCUCAUGGAUGCCUUGCUGCAUGGCUUGAUGGUUUUGAGAUUGUCUUUUUGCACAGAGUUGGAGAUCCCUCACUUUUUCUGUGAGCUAAACCAGGUGAUCCAGCUUGCUUGUUCAGACACAUCCCUGAAUGAACUGGUCAUCUAUCUUGCAGCAGGAAUCCUGGGUAUUAUCCCUCUCACGGGUAUCCUAUUUUCUUACUCGAAGAUCAUCAGCUCCAUUUUGAGAAUCUCAACGGCUAGUGGCAAGUACAAAGCAUUUUCCACCUGUGGGUCUCACCUUUGUGUUGUCUUCAUGUUCUAUGGGACAGGUCUGGGAGUGUAUCUUAGUUCUGCAGCUACAGAAAACUCCAGAGAAACUGCAAUAACCUCAGUGAUGUAUACAGUAAUAACACCUAUGUUGAACCCCUUUAUUUACAGUCUUAGGAACAAAGACAUACAGCAGGCCCUAACUAAACUCUUCCACUAA